AUGGCCUCGCCAAAGCCGGAGUCAAAUUCCACCUCGCCUCCAAAGCAAGUGGAUGAUGCGGCAACGAAAGAAUCAAAGGCAGAGGUCAAUGGCCAUGCAGCCGAGCCCGAAUCGAAGUCUGAGGCCGAGACGAAGCCCGAAAAGCAACUCUCCAACGGUACUGGUUCUGGGGAGGAGGACGGCACUCCCAAUGGAGCGGACAAGGAUGUGGAGAUGAAGAAUGGUGACGGAUCAAAGGACGUCGCCUCCACGAUAGAAAAGUCCGAUAAUUCAGACAAGAAGGAAGCCGAAACGAACACGACGCCCAAGGAGUCCAGCAAAGAUGAUGACGUCGAGAUGAAGGAAUCCGAGCCCGCCAAGGAGGCGUCAGCAGCGCCCAGUGACGAAAAGAAGGAUGCCGAUGCCAAGGAGUCCACACCCAAGUCGACAGAGGCGGGCACUGAAGACCCGGACAAAGCCAAAGAUGCGCCAUCUUCGCCUGGAGAUGCAGGUGAGUCCGGGAUUGAUCUUCAACCCGCCAGUCUCUCGCAGUUGGCUAUCGAUGGACCAGAACCUAACACAUCACCAGUUGAGCCUUCCGUGGAAGUCUCCAUGACCGAUGCGCCUGCGUCUAAGGUCCCUAGAGAGCGCGAGGACGACGGCGGAGAGGAACCAGCACCGAAGAGAGCAAAGACGGAACCCAAAGAAGAGGAGCCAACGACAUCAACGCCGACGGCAGACGGUCAGGAAAUUUCUGUCAUGACUGAAUUUCCAAAACCCAAGUUCGAUGAGUUCGCUGAGUGGUACGAUGCGAAGAAUAGCGCCAAGGAGAUCACGAACCAUCGCAGAAGGGAAAUGCGCCGGACUGUUGCCCGUGUCAAAAAGACGAAGCACGGUGGCGAGUUUCGAGAUUCCGUCCAGAAGCUCUGGCCUGCGUUGUGGGAAAAGUACUCACUCAAGAUCGAGAAGCCAAUGGACUUAUCCGAAAUAGAUCGCAACUUGCGAGACACCAAGUACAAGACGUACGGUGACUUCAAGGCCGACCUGGCUCUUCUUGUAGAGAACUCCCAGGCCUACAAUGGUCCUGACCACUACAUUACCAUGGCUGCACGCGGCGCUAGCAAGACUGUUUGGGACGACGUCGUUUUCUUGCCCGAGGAGGAGCCCUCAAAACCCAAGGCUCCCCCUAAAGCAAAUCGCAUGCGAGAACUUCGUGUUGGCAGCAACGUCAAGCCCGAGGCUCCUUCGGGAGGUUCUACCCCUACUCCGACCACAGGCCCACCUGCCAAGGCAGCCCAAUCUGCGGGCGAGGCGAGGCGGAGUUCUUCGGUUCAUGACGGCGAUAGACCCAAGAGGACUGUGCGUGCACCUAAGCCAAAGGACAUUGACUACUCGUCCAAGCCUGCGCGAAAGAAACUUCGACCGGAACUUCAAUUCUGUGACGAGGUUCUUGCAGAACUGACUUCACAGAAGCACUGGUCGCUGAAUCAAUGGUUCCUCGACGCAGUGGACGCUGAAGGUCUGGGAAUUCCUCAUUAUUAUUCCGUGAUUAAGCAUCCGAUGGAUCUGGGGAAAGUAUCCAGAAUGCUUGCAAAUGGAGAAAUUUCGAGCCUCAAGGAAUUCCACAAGAACAUUACUCUGAUGUUCGACAACUGCUAUCAGUUCAACGGUCCCUAUGAGCAAGGCGGGGUCUCGGCACUUGCCAAGCAGCUCCAGGAUAUAUAUACCGCGCAGAUGAAGAAUAAGGAUGCAUGGCUCGCCAAACAUGCGAAGGCAAACCCUCCACCAGCUUCGGUCUCAAACCCUAGUGAUGAUGAUGACGACGAAGAUGAGGAGGACGGAGAGGAUGCCAAUGCUGUUGCUGAUCAUACACGGGCAGUCAAGGAACUAGAGGCGCGACUUCGAGAAGAAAUGGACAAGCAGGCUAAUCUCUUCGCCGCCGAGCAGCCAAACCAAAGCAUGAUCACAAUCCAACAGGGAAUCGUAUCCAUGGUCCAGGAGGCACUUCUCAAGGCGAAGACCACGCUGAACGAAGUCAGGCAAAAGAACCCCGCUGGCAAGCCCAAGAAGUCCAAGCCUACAAAGGCGAAGGCUGCUGGUGGAGGAGCAGGACGCAAAGCUAGCGGUGCAGCUGCUCAACCCAAGAAGGCUGGCGCUGGCCCGGCCAAGAACAAGAAGAAGAAUCUCACGGCUGCCGACAAAGACCAUAUUGCUGGCGCGAUUAACGAUCUCGAAUACCCGCAUCUUGACCGAGCUAUCGAUAUUAUCAAACGCGAUACCGGUCAGAUGGAGAGCGAGGAUGGCGAACUCGAGCUGGAUAUCGACCAGCUUAGUAACGAUGCACUUUUGAAACUCUGGGAACUCUGUAAGAAGGCGUUACCAGGCUUUGCCAAGGAUGCAGCGGCCCAAUCCCCAGAGGUCCAUCGUGCUGCUCCAUCCAAAUCAGCGCCCAAGACGGCGGCUAAGCCAAAGAAGAACAAGCCAAUGAGUGCCCUGGAGCAGGAGGCAAGAAUAGCUCAGCUACGGCAAAUCCGAGACAUGUACGGCAAGGGCGACAAUGGGGGCGCCGCUGAUCCCGCUCGAGCUGAGUCGCAAGGACCGAUGUCAAGCGACGAUUCUUCGGAAGAGGAGUAG